UCUUUACUAAGCCAUGGAAAGAGAUAUCAACAGUCAGAAAGAUGCUCAUCAUAACAUGCUUAGCUCUUCUUCUGUUGUCUCCGCCGCUGCUGCCACCGCCGCCGCCGUAUCCUCUUCCACUUCAAAGUACAGUAGAGGUCACAAGGGGUCAAAGAAAAGACAAAGUAGUAUUGAUAUUGGUGACAGCAAGAAGCAUCUUACAUACCGAGGGGUACGUAUGCGAAGCUGGGGGAAAUGGGUGUCUGAAAUCCGAGAACCGAGGAAGAAAUCAAGAAUAUGGCUUGGAACAUACCACACGGCUGAAAUGGCUGCUCGAGCUCACGAUGUAGCCGCAUUGGCCAUCAAAGGCUGCUCGGCUUACCUUAAUUUCCCUCAACUCGCAAAACUACUUCCCCGACCCGCCAGCACGUCCCCCGAGGACAUCCAAGCAGCAGCUUCGCAAGCGGCUGCCUCGACAUUUCUCGAGACAAGGCGGUGCAACAUCGAAGCCGAAGAUGAAGUUGGAGCAAGCGAAGAAGAUCAAGCUCCUCUCUCAAGUUCACCCUCGGUCGACGAUGAUGACACCUUGUUCGAUCUGCCUGAUCUCAUGAUCGAUGUUACGGAUCGAAGCGAUGGAUUCAGGUCUUAUUCUUCAACAUGGCAAAUAUGUGCAGUCGAUGCAGGGUUCCGGGUAGAGGAGCCAUUCUCCUGGGACUACUACUAGGAAAUUAAUGAGCGUAUAUAUUGAACCGAUUCUUCAUCAUCAGUUCACACAAUAAUCAAUUG